CUGAUGAAUGUACAGAAUGAUUUAAACCAUAUAACUAAUAUUGGGAAACUGAAAGAUUUUCUUCUGCAACAUAGAAAAGACUACAUUAAUGCUUACAGCCAUGUUAUGUCUGAGUACGUGAGAAUGACAGAUACAGAACGUGAUCAGAUUGAUCAAGAUGCUCAGAUAUUUAUGAGGACAUGUGCUGAGGCCAUUCAGCAGCUAAGAACAGAAGCACUCAAGGAAGUCUUGCCUCCACAAGUGAAGGAGCACAGAGCAGCUGUCUUGGAUUUAGUUGAAGACUAUUUAAAAAGAGUAUGUAAACUGUACUCUGAACAGAGAGCCAUCCGGGUCAAACGAGUGGUAGAUAAGAAAAGAUUGUCCAGACUUGAACCCGAGAAGAGCAAUAAAUCUGAAGCUGCUUUUUCUCCUGAAAAUGUUUCAAAAAACUCCUUAGACAAAUCUGAAGAAAAACCUACUUCUGAAGAAAACAAAGAGAAGAAUCUGACAGAUGCCCAAACUAACUUUGGGCUUUGGGGAGAUGGCAGAGGCGAAGAUGAGCUGUCACCUGAAGAAAUUCAAAUGUUUGAACAAGAAAACCAGCGACUUGUUGGUGAGAUGAAUAGCCUGUUUGAUGAAGUGAGACAAAUUGAAGGGAAAGUGGUUGAGAUCUCCAGGCUUCAAGAGAUAUUCACAGAAAAAGUCCUGCAACAGGAAACUGAAAUUGACAGUAUUCAUCAGUUAGUUGUGGGUGCAACAGAAAAUAUUAAGGAAGGCAAUGAAGAUAUAAGAGAGGCAAUCAAAAACAAUGCUGGAUUUCGAGUAUGGAUCCUUUUCUUCCUUGUGAUGUGUUCAUUUUCCUUACUUUUUCUGGACUGGUAUGACAAUUAAUUAAAAACAAAACAUGGCAUAU